UCUUCUCCCAAAAGCUGCUGCUGUUUCACCUCAGAGUCCAGCUGAGGAGCAUUUUUCAUUUUUUCAGUGGAGGCCUGAGUAAGAAAAUCCUGAGAGCUGUACAGGUGCGGAGUGGAAAAGCUGACAGGCUUUAGGGAGGGAAGUAGGCAAAGACGCUCUCUCGCUCUCUCUCUCUCUCUCUCACUCUCUCUCUCUCUCUCUCAGCCACAUUUGGUGCCAUUGCUUGUUUUUUUUUCUCACUUGUGGCCAAUGCGCUCUCCUCUUGAGUCCCAAAGACACCAACAGCUCAACAGCUCAUAGGAACAGGGGACGCUUGUUUUGGGACAUAACUUCGGUUUUGGCUCCUUUUGGGACCUUUUCUCGGUAGCCGUUCCCAGGGGGGGAGACAACGAAAGCUCUUCCCCCAAAUCACGGACAUGGAGGCAACGGAUGGCUAUAUAGCAAGUAACGGCGACUGCUCUCCUAGGAAAGAAAACUCGAGAAUGCUGGUGGACCUGUCGCUAGACGCACCCAACGGCCAGCAUUCCCAAAGCCCCAGCUCUCCGACCCCUCAUACAAUCAAACAGGAGGAGGGUGCUGAGGAAGAAGCAGAGAAGAGAGUGGCGGGCCGAGAUGAGACAGGCCACAGUGGUGAAGAGGGGUCAGUACUGGAAGAGCCUAUGAUCGACAGUCCAAACAACCUGCAGGACGUUGGACCGGGCACAGAGGGGCCGGCUGAUACAGGAGUACGAUUACCCUCCGGUGAUCGGCCCUUCCAGUGCAACCAGUGUGGAGUUUCCUUCACGCAGAAGGGUAACCUGCUGAGGCACAUCAAGCUGCACACGGGGGAGAAGCCCUUUAAAUGCCCCUUCUGCAGCUACGCCUGCCGCCGCCGCGACGCCCUUACCGGACACCUCCGCACGCACGCCGUGGGUAAACCGCACAAGUGUAACUACUGUGGGCGGAGCUACAAACAGCGUACGUCAUUGGAGGAGCACAAAGAGAGGUGCCAUAAUUACUUGCAGAGUGUUGGAAUGGACUCCGCCCCCAACCCGGGCCCAUAUGCAGGAGAGGGUCCUAAGGAUCAGAGGUCUCUGGGAGAGCCGACUGGAGCUGUGCCAUUCGACAGGCCGCCGGUCAUCGAAAGGCUGCAGGCCAGUGUGGCCAAGAGGAAGAGCACCACGCCUCAGAAGUUUGUGGGAGAGAAGAUGAUGCGCUACACCUACCCUGACAUGAGCUUCGACCUGAAGUAUGAAAAGGAGGCUGAGAUGAUGCAGGCCCAUAUAAUGGACCAGGCUAUCAGUAACGCUAUGACCUAUCUGGGUGACACCCUGCGGCCUGUAGUCCCUCACCCUCCACUCUCCAUGGCAGAGGUGGUUCCCAUGGUGAACCCCUUAUUUCACCCCGUCUAUCCCAUUGGCCCUCGGCUGGACCGGCCCAGCAGCCGCGAGGCGCUCCCCCUGCCCCAACUGCCCCCACCAACGGAAUUUCCCGCCCCCACCAAUGGGGCCAUCUCUCUGGUCAGGCCCAAGAACCAGCCAGGCCGCGAGGGCUCCCCCGGAAACACCAGUGGCCAGGAUUCGGCAGAUUCGGCCCGCAGCAGCCCUCAAGACAAGUUGGUCAACCACAGCAGGUCGAUUCGGGUCAGUCCGGGUCACUUUGUGCCCCGAGAGGAGCCGCGGGCGGCUGAAGCCGGGCGCCCAGUGGUUCGGGACACGGGGGUGCGCGUUUUUGGCCGUGAGGGCCAGGAGCUGAGGGCUUUCCAGUGCGAGCACUGCAGAGUGCUUUUCCUCGACCACGUCAUGUACACCAUCCACAUGGGUUGCCACGGCUACAGGGACCCACUGGAGUGCAACAUCUGCGGCCACUGCAGCAAAGAUCGCUACGAGUUCUCCUCGCACAUCGUCCGUGGAGUGCAUACCUUUCGUUAGGAGAAGGCCAGGAUACACACCACGCACACAUGUGGCCAGUUGUAGUCAAGGAUUGUGACCUGGACAUCGGUGAACGGUGUGGAAACAUCUCCGAAGAUGGGCCAGAGGGAAGGCAGCUGUAAGCAGCAUUUAACAAAUAUAUGAAGGUUUAGGUCCUGCAGUUAACCCCUUAAACUUUAGGCUUAGUACUCAGUUCUUGAUCUUGAGGUUUAUUAUCCAGUAACUACUAUGAAUUACUCAAUAACUACUAUGUAAUUAAUAUAUAAGGGAUGUAGUUACGAGUGAGGAAUGCGAGUCUGGAGUUUAAGGGGGUAAAAUUGUAAUUUUUUUGAAUUUUCUGAAGGUUAUAUAUUUGGGUGAGGGCAUGUAAGAGUUUGCGCAUGAUGUGAAUGAUAAGGUGAAUUUUUUUUCUUUGCAUAGGCACACUCACUCUUUGACAUUUUUUUUAUCUAGUGCACCAUUGAAAACAGAGCAGCUAUAUUUCCUGGAAAGUUAUGAAGGUUUUCUUUUUUUUUCAUCUUAAGUGAGUCGUCUUUGCAUGCUGUCGUUCCCGUUUUACGGACUAUUAUAGGAUGACUGCAGAUUUUAGAGAUGUCGCCAUACAAGGGUAUCCUGAACAAUGUGCACUUGCACACAGGGGACUAUCAGGGGAAUAUGGGACAAGAAAAGCUCAUCAUUUUACAGCUUUUUUUCCAUUUAUUUUUCUUUUUUUUUGCUGCUGUGGUUUCUCAGUGCCUUGCCGAUGUUUCGAAUGAUAUGAUCUAGCUUCUCGUAAGUGUGUUUGGACAUGUCCGCUUUGUACCAUUCGCCCAUCAGACAUAGUGACCAGGAAAUGCAGUUGAAUUAAAGCUUAGCAUUAUAGUUUUUUUUGUUUGUUUGUUUAAUUAUUAUUACUAUGUUUUUAACUGUGAGUAUGUGCAGGUUCACACUCAUCCUCGUGCUUGUGGUGCUUGUACUACCAGGACUCCAUGUGAUGGCACUGUCUUGUAGCCUUGUAACCACAUUAAAAAGCAGUUAGGCAGCGAUCGUGCACGAGGAGCUGAUGACAAUCUGGAUCAAAACACUCCUACGGUUUGAUGUAGGGC